AUGGACCAUCGGAUUCCUCGUAUCCUGAGGAACCUCAGACUGUGCGGGACCGGGCCGGCCUUCCAACAGGGAAAGAGCUUCUCCUGUACUGAGUGCGGGAAAUGUUUCUGUUAUAAAAGUCGUCUUAAUGAGCAUAAAAGAUCUCACACAGGAGAGAAGCCACAUUCCUGUCCUGAGUGCGGAAAAUGUUUCACAGAGAAGUCUGAUCUUUACAGACAUCAGAGAUCUCACACAGGGGAAAAGCCAUCCUGUGCAGUGUGUGGGAAAUGUUUUUCAGACAAGUCCAGUCUUUACAGACAUCAUAGAUCUCACACGGGGGAGAAGCCAUAUGCCUGUCCUGAGUGCGGGAAAUGUUUUUCAAUGAGGUUCCAUGUUUACAGUCAUCAGAGAACUCACACAGGGGAGAAGCCACUUUCCUGUUCUGAGUGCGGGAAAUGUUUUUCUGAUAAGUCCAGUCUUUACACACAUCAGAGAUUCACACGGGGGAGAAACCAUAUUCCUGUCCUGAGUGUGGGAAAUUUUUUCAGAGAAGAAAUCCAAUCUUUACACAUCAGAGAUCUCACACGGGGGAGAAGCCAUAUUCCUGUCCUGAGUGUGGGAAAUGUUUUUUUUACAGUGAAGUCCAAUCUUUCCAGACAUCAGAGAUCUCACACGGGGGAGAAGCCACUUUCCUGUCCUGAGUGA